AUGAUGGCAGGAGCGGCUCAUCCGAUGCAUUUCUGCAUGGACUCCGACUGGCUCAAGGGCAUCGUCCCCGAGGACCAGGGCGGGAUGGGGUCGUCGUCGCCGUCGGAGGAGCUGAUCAUCGCGUGCCCGGAUCAGGUGCAGGCCCAGCAGGCGGCGGCGGACCGGCGGCUGCGCCCGCAGCACGACCAGCCGCUCAAGUGCCCGCGCUGCGAAUCGGCGCACACCAAGUUCUGCUACUACAACAACUACAGCCUCUCCCAGCCGCGCUACUUCUGCAAGACGUGCCGCCGCUACUGGACCAAGGGCGGCUCCCUCCGCAACGUCCCCGUCGGCGGAGGCUGCCGCAAGAACAAGCGCGCCAGCACCAGCAAGAAGUCCUCCGCCGCCGCCGUCACGUCGCCGAUUUCGAUGAUGCCGCUUCAUCAGUAUAGCCGGCAGAUGGCCGAGACUGGCCUCCACCUGUCCUUCUCCGGGAUGAUGCCGCCGGUCACGGCCGCCGACCCGCUAAGCAGCCUCGGCCUCCUGGACUGGAACAAGUACGACCACAUCCUCUCCGGCUCCAGCGGAUUUGGGAGUGCGAACUCCGAGGCGCACUUCACGGGCACGGGCAUGAUGGGCAUGUCCUCCGGCGGCGGGGACAGCAGCGUAGCCACGGAGUACCACGCGCUGAACGCGCUCCGGUACGCUGCCGGCCUGGGCGAGCACCUGGCGCUGCCUUUUGGCAGUGCAUCGCGGGCGGAUCAGCGCGACGCCACCGUCGUCGAGAUGAAGCCGCCGGCAGAGAGGCUGCUGUCGCUGGAGUGGUGCGGCGAGGCGAGUCGCGCGCCGCCCGAGAGCUCCAUGGGAUCCCUGGGCGGACUCGGCCUGUGGAGCGGCAUGAUCAACAGCGCCGCCCAUCACCACCAUGGCUCCUCAGCCGCCAUCUGAACGAGGCGAAGCAUCAUGUUGAGUGCACGCACGACGGACGCAUCUGUUAGUGGUUUGCUAAUAGCAUUAACGAGUACAAGGACUACGUAGAGUUCAG